GGAUGGCUGGCUUGUGUUUUACACUGACAGAGGGGAAUGAAAACUGGCCCACUGAACGUAGAGGCGUGGAGGGCCACCAUGACCCCUGCUGUGACCCCUGAAGAAGAAGAGACAGCAGCAUCUACAGGAUGAUUGACAGCUGCUCCUCCUGAACCCCAGAAUGCCUGUGGUCCCAGUGGGUGGGGCAUCUUCCUCCCACCACGCUGUACCUGUAGCUCUCACCUGCUCUUGGCUGCUCCUGCUCUUCCAUGCCGCCUUCGGUCAGAAACCUGCCAAGUUGCCUCUCGUUGGCCGGAAGCCCUUCAUUGCUGCCUGGAAUGCUCCACUGGACAUGUGCACCAUCAAGUACAAGAUUACCACCAACCUUGACCGCCUCUUCCACAUCCAUGGGAGCCCACGUGCUGACUGGACCGGCCAGAAUGUUACUAUCUUCUACGCCAACCGGCUGGGCUACUACCCCUACUACAACCCUCAGGGCAUUGCCGUGCACGGUGGCCUGCCACAGAACUGCAGUCUGGAUCAUCACCUGCUCAAAGCCUACCAGGAUAUCAACCACUUUAUCCCUGCAGAGGACUUCCGUGGCCUCGCUGUCAUUGACUGGGAGUUCUGGCGGCCUCAGUGGAACCGUAACUGGCACAAAAAGGACAUAUAUCGGCGCAAGUCAAAGGAAUUGACCAUGAAGGCUUAUGUCAAUGUGACUGCAGCACAGGUGGAGGAGCUAGCACGGCGGCGGUUUGAGAAAAGUGCCAAGGCAUUCAUGCAGAGGACUAUUCAGCUAGGCACACGCCUACGCCCCAAUGCCCACUGGGGUUUCUACCUCUAUCCUGACUGCCACAACUACAACCUGCAUGAGCCUAACUACACAGGCUUCUGCCCCCUUCUGGAGAGGCUGAGGAACGACGAGCUGCUGUGGCUGUGGAACAGCAGCACAGCCCUCUUCCCUUCUGUGGCAAUCAGAAAAAACCACAUGAACAGCAUCAGCAACCUGCACUUCUCCCAGCACAGGAUCCGAGAGUCACUCCGAGUUGCCUCUCUGACCUCAAAGGAGUAUGAUCUUCCCACAUAUGUGUACUUGAGGUUGGGCUACAGAGAUGAGGCCUUGACCUUCCUCACCAUGAAAGACUUGAUCCACACCAUUGGGGAGAGUGCUGCUCUAGGAGCUGCAGGAUUCGUCAUCUGGGGAGACCUGAAUCUGACCUCUUCCAGGCGUAACUGCACCAUGGUGAAGUCCUUCUUGAGCCACCGCCUGGGUCAGUACAUCACUAAUGUGACACGCGCUGCUGAAGUCUGCAGCGACUUCCUGUGUCAGAGCAAUGGCCGCUGCGUCCGCCGGGACCCUGUUGCCCAUCAUUACCUCCACCUGAGCGCUGAUAGCUACCACAUCCAUCCCUCAGGAAAUGGGGGCUUUGCCGUGACUGGUUGGCACUCGGAGCACGAACAGCAGCUGCUGAAAGAAAGGUUUCGCUGCCACUGCUAUGAAGGCCAUGAGGGCGAAAGCUGCGACAGCAUCAACAAAGUGAGGGAGGACGACGGGCCAUGGAGGGAGGAGGAAGAUGAUGAGCAAGAAAGGAGGCGGACAGAGUGGGAGGAUGAGCAGGGUGAAGUGGGGGAGAGGGGCCAGAGUGCUGCUGCACCAACCGGCCUUAGUCACCAUCUGAUGCUCUGGGUGCUCCUGUUAAACUUGUUAUUAGUAAAGGUGGUUGUAUGAUGAAGGCUGACAGAAGGAGUAGUCAGUUUCAGUGCAGCUGUGGACAGGUGAUACUUUUCCACAUGUGGCAAGCGUAAUGUUGCAGUCAAAAAUCAGCAAAGUAGCUCUGAAAUCAUGUGACCCAUAUAAUGAACACACCAUACAGUAGGGAAUUGUUUAAAAUUAUUAGCAGGCACAUUUUGACAUCCUUGGACAGAACCAUGCUAGAGGUUUCCCUUUUUGAGGCUGGCCCCAAUCUUCUUCCACAGCUCUCAUUAAGAAUGAAAUACUUGUAUUCCUAUUCAUUUAAGACUAAGUGGUAAACCACAGUGAUGGGUAAACCACAUGAUUUUUUCUCUCUCUGACAGCUGCUGUGUUGUAAAGUAACACACCUGUGGGAGGAAACCUUGACACUUUAUUAACAGGGGUGGGAUGGCACUUUUCAUGACACAGAUCUUGGCAUAUUGAUGGAUUGGGCUUUAGUUGACUGCUCCACAGUUCAACCAGAUGAACAGUAUUCAACUUUUGCACAAAUAUGCACGGCCUCUUUGGCCAGCAGCUACAUCAGUUCUUCUGGGAAUGGAAAUACAGUAGAUAUUGGUUGAAGCGAUACAAGGCUUGACAUGAUGAUCAUCCAGUUUAAAGGUGGAUGACAGGAUCAGAGUAAUCAUGUUAUUUAUCUACUUAAAGGCUUUUCUGAUUGUGGCAAUAUUAAAAUCAUUUCAGACUUGUCACAGGAUAAUUCUCUAGUUUGACUUGUCAAGAAAGCCAAAGGGUGCUAAUACAACCACACAGGCGAAUGCAAAAAGGAUUGAUCAUUAAGCUCGGUUGCUUGACUUGGGGUGUCGUUAAAUCCAUCAUUUAAAAUGGCUUAUUUCAAAAUGGUCCUCGUUCAUUUGUAAUGGAAUUAGACUUGUUGAUUUUUCUCAACAGUUACUUGAUUGCUUGUUUUUUUGCUUGACAUUAUUAACUGUAUAUUCUUUUGUACCAUUGCCUACAUUAUCAUGUUGAAGUAUAGUUUAUUAGGAAACCAGAGACUUGAGCCUGCUUGAAUGUGGCACAUGCAUGUGCAUGUGUUUUAGGUGCUAUCAGUUUUAAAAUAUAUCAAAUCUGUUCGUUUUUGUGGAGUUUUUUUUUUUUUUUUUCUUUAACCCUAAACUCAAAGUAUAAAAGAAUCUUUAUGUAUUUGUGAUCCAUCAUUGACUAUGAUAUUGUAUUUCAGUUUGGAGAAAACAGCAAGGGAAUAGUUUUCAUUUCAGCUCAUCUCAAUGUGGCUGAGAAACAGCUUAUGUUUCUGGAUCUGAUGUAAGAUACAGGAUGUAUGAUGAAACAGUGAACAGCAUGUAGGAGACAGCACAUAUCCGUCUGACUCGCAUAGACUCUAUGGUGUUGCGGUAUGGUUUUUGAGGCCUGCAUCUUGACCAGGUUGAUGUGGUUCACUUCCAGAGAAACACAUUUUCCCACAACUCAGGAAAUGGAACAAAUAAUUGAACACGUUUCCACAAGCAUGUGGAAAGAACCCAAGGCAGUCUUUUCAAACUUGUUAUGAAUGCAUAUCCAAGCAGACCUGAGUCCAGUCUGCCGUUCUCUGUCUUGAUCAACGUUUCCAUGUGUUGCUCAUUUCCUGCCUGAUAUUUUCUCCCAGGAUUUAGAUAUAAUUUUUCAUUCAAAGCCUGAGGUCAUUUUUUAAACUUGUUUGAGUUUGUUCACAACCUUUGUGUUAAAUGAAUGUAGUUCAAUCCACCUUUUAAAAAAUGUUUGACUUUGACACAAGAAGUUUUUUUGCUUUUGACAAACUUCAUUCUAGUUUUAUCUAAGCUGUGCUCAUGAACAAAACCUCAACCAUCAUAAAAACUGUACAAAAAAGUGUUUUGAAAAGCACUUAUUGUGACAUCACAUCUAGUUUUGUCUUUGAGUAUUGAGGAGCGAUUUACAUCAGGAUAUGAACAAAUGAUUCAAAUUGAAAUAUAUUUGACCAAUGCAAAGAUGUCUUAAUCUCAACUUUGCUGGCCUAAAGCAAAUCUAUUUUCACUUGUCCUUCCAUUAACUUUGCGUACAUUCUCCCUUGUAUAAGUUAUCUUGGACAUAAUUUCCUUCAGCACAUCCUCUGGGAUAUCAAGAUGCUUCCAUAUUUGCAUAUUUGCAUAUUUGAUCUCCAAAUGGUUGGACAAAAAUGACAUAUGCCCACAAAGAGGCAUUCUGAUAACCUUUUGAUGUGAAGGAUCAGUAGCCCCUCUCCAGGACUCCAAUGUAUGGCUAAGCAACACUUCAGGAAACUCAUGUUGACUGCUUGUAUUCAAGGUCUCAUUAUUUCAGUUCUUAGUUUCCUGUAAAUGUUUCUUGUAGUCACUGUGUAUUCUUUUUUUUUUUUUUUUUUUACUUCAAGAUUGUGUAAACCACAUAUGCACCAAUAACUAUGCAACACAUGAAAAUGUUACCUGAAUGUAAAUGCACUGCCAAUAAAGAAUUUUCUUUAGUACAACUUUU